GACUCCUUGUCUUGUGGGCAUGCCCGCUGAAAGCCUGAUUUCUCCACCCUGGACUUGCCCAUCUCCCAGGAAAUCUGCACGCCUUGCUGCAAACUUUGACCGACUUUUCGAUGAUAAGAGGGCACUGAAAUAUGGAUUGCUUAAGGUGCGCAGGUCCCGGCUUGGGCAAACGAGAGGCGUGAAGGGAGGUGGCGCCGGGAGACUGCUUCGGCUCGGGAGGUGUCGUGGUGCUGCCCUUCCACGGGAACGGAGAGACCUAAACUCCUGCCUGGAAUGAGCCCUCCCCAUGCCCGGGAUGGCGCCCUGGAUGGGGGCUGGGGGUGGGCCAUCGUCCUGGCGGCUUUUCUGCAGUCCGCCCUGAUCUUUGGCGUCAUCCGCUCCUUCGGCGUUUUCUUCGUGGCGUUCACCGAUUACUUCGAAGAGCGCUCAGGCGCCACGUCCUGGAUCCCCUCCAUCACCGUGGCCACGCUCAUGUUCGCCAGCCCGCUGGCAAGCGCGCUUGGCACCCGCUACGGGGAGCGCCCGGUGGCCAUCGCUGGGGGGAUCCUUUCCGGGUUGGGCUACUGCGCGGCCUCGUUCGCCACCAGCCUGGCCCAGCUCUACCUGUUGAUUGGCCUGCUCACAGGAAUCGGGGGGGCCCUGAUCUUCUCCCCCUCCAUGGCCCUGCUGGCUCGCUACUUCGACCGGCGUCGUGCCCUGGCCAACUCGGUGGCCUUCUCCGGCACCGGCAUUGCCUCGCUGGCUUUCUCGCCGCUCUUCCAGCUCCUGGUGGAUGCCUACGGCUGGCGGGGGGCCCUCCUGCUGGUGGCCGGGAUGGCCUUCCACCUGGUGCCCUGCGGUGCCCUCCUCCGGCCGCUGCCCCGGGCCAAGGAGAACUCUCAGGGGCCUCCCUCGCCAGACAGCCGAGGGGACAAGCUGGCCACCCUGCUGGGCCUGCCUUUGCUGUCCCAGCGCGCCUUCCAGACCUUUGGCGUGGCCGGCGUGCUGAUUACCACCGGCUAUUUCAUCCCCUUUGUCCAUCUCGUGCCCCAUGCUCGGGAGAGGGGCUUCGAUGAGUACCAGGCAGCCUUCCUGGUGUCUGCGGUGGGCAUCGCCGACAUUGGAGGCAGGAUCGUGGCCGGCUGGCUGGCGGGCUGCACCCGCACCCUGAGACUGUCCCACCACCUGGCCAUCUGGACCUUCCUGACUGGCUUUGCCAUGCUGGCCCUCACACUGGGAGGCAGCUACGUCGCCUUGAUGGUCCUCAGCAUCUGCUACGGCUUCCUGGCCAGUGCCGUGAUCCCCCUCAAGUUCUCCAGCCUGGUGGAGAUUGUGGGGACAGAGCAGAUUAUGGGAGCCAUCGGGGUCAUCCACCUCCUGGAAAGCGCUCCGGCCUUAGCGGGACCCCCUUUGUCAGGUUGGAUCCGGGACGUGACCGGGAGCUACAACGCCUCCUUCUUGGUUGGAGGCGCUUUUGUGAUGGCUGGCGGCUUCUCGCUCCUGCUGCUGCCCAAUUUCUUCUCCUGCCAACCCCUCCUUGCUCCGCCAAACUCCAACCCCCCCAGGGACUCCCAGGCUCCCAGCCGUCAGAAGGACGCAAAAACAGACCUG